AUGAAGUGUUUGCGUGGUGUUAAAGUCCCGAGCGGAGCCAAGGCUCAGGCGCUGGCAAGGGUGAUCGUGACCAUUAACGUGUAUGGUAAGUGGGUGGAUAUGGUGAAGGCCUUUGAGUCGCUAGCUCUGACGGACGACGAUGCCAGUUCCGGAGACGCCGAUUACGAAAAGGACGGCGCCAGACUGUUGGUUGACGCUUGUAAGAUUCUGAAGGGCAUGCCAGAUAUGGUAAUAGGGUUGGAGAACGUGGAGCAUGUGGACCUACCCUAUGAGGAGCUGCGAACACUACACCAGGGAGUUCAUGCCGAAAAGAACUUACUCUGGAAUUUGUUGAGGUCCAUUACUGGUUGCCUAGACGCAUUCGCACAAGUAGCAAGACUCGAGACUUGCGAGUUGCCAAGUGAGUUGAAGGGCCGUUUACAUGAUUGGAUGGAGCGAAUGAAAAAUCCUUAUUGUCGUGUGUUUCAAGAGACGGAGGCUGGGCGAAUCCAGGACCUCAAGUUCGGUUUUUCCGAACUCGUGCGAUGCCCCAUCAAGAAUUGGUUGAAGACAUGUAGCAUUCCGUCGUACGAGCCGGAGGUACACCCAGACCCAGACGCCUGGACCAAGGCGGAAACCGCAUUAAACAGGGUGAUGCCAACCACGAGAAUCGUUGAAGCGUAUCGUACGAAAAACGGGGCGUGGGAUGCGGAACCUAUGAGGGGGAUCUAUGAAGAGAUCCACCACCUCCUCGAUUAA